AUGACAACCAUUUGCGACCUCCCCGAGGACGUCCUGGUGGAGCUGCUGUCGCUGCUGCCAGCCCGGGACCUGAUCUGCACCUGCAGGCUGGUCUGCACCCAGUGGCGGGACGUGGUGGAUCUGACCACCCUGUGGAAACGCAAGUGCCAGCGCGAGGGGUUUUACGUUCCGAAUUUGGACAGAAGCGUCUCUGACUGGAAGAUCUUCUAUAUGCUCUGCAACUUGAAGAGAAACUUAAUCAAAAACCCCUGUGCGGAAGACAACUUCCAGCACUGGAAACUUGAUCUUAAUGACGGAGAUAAAUGGAAGAUUGAGGAUCUGCCUGGACCUCAUGGAAAAGACAUACCCAACCCCAAUGUACACAAAUACUUUGUCACUUCAUAUGGGCCCUGCUUCAAGUCUCAACUCAUUACGCUGCAGAAAGAAGGAUACUGGAAUCAGUUGAUGGAUGAGAAACGGCCUGAAAUUGUAGUCAAGGAUUGGUACGCUGCCAGGUUUGACUGCGGGUGUCGCUACGAACUGACAGUGAGGCUGCUUUCUGAAGACUACAUUGUCCUCGAGGAGUUCCACCCCGAGCCAGUGGUUAUAGAGCAGUGGAAUGAUGCAGCGUGGCGAGAGAUUUCUCACACCUUCCAGAAUUACCCAGCUGGAGUUCGUUACAUCUGGUUCCAGCACGGAGGCGAAGACACCCAGUUCUGGGCAGGAUGGUAUGGGAUCCGAGUGACAAACAGCAGCAUCACCAUUGGACCCCUGACGUUGUUAUGA